AUCAUGUACACUUUCCAGAGGAUAUCAGUGCCAACACAGAAAUUCAAAUACAGAUGAAAGGAGACUCAAUAGCCAAUGUUCACUUGGGCUUCCUCCAACACAGACACAAGUAUGAGAUACAAUUAAACAUUCCGAUUUUUCCUGCAUCUACAUCACUGACACCUAUAAUCAACACACCUUUCAUAGCAGUAGGCAAUGUUAAUAGUCCAGGAGAUGGGAAAGCUCAUGAGGUCACAUUGGAGCUUGAUGCACACAAAGAAGGUCUUCUUAGAGACAAAUUUGUGCUAAAAAAUGAAGCUGGAGAAGAAUUUGUUAUUGUAAUUCAUGCCCGGGUUCUCGGAUCUCAUAAAGGGACACCAAUGCUGAAGGAAGGUAUACGCUGUAUAUACCAUGAAAAAGAUGAGGAGGAGGAUCACAGUGAUUGGCAAGGCUUUGAUUGACAAGAACUGCCUACUUAGAAGAACUUCAGUUGGAUUUUUGAUUUAGUCCUGUGACCGAGAGCAUCAUUUACACCUUCCUUAACUUUCAAAAACUACUGUAUCAUUAUUUGAGACUCAGCAUCAGUUGAAAGAUUACAAGAAUGUUCUUAGAAUGCAGCAACUUCAAAUUGCACUGAUACCAUAUGUACUUCAAAGGUACAAAAACUCCAACCUCUUUAUAAGCAGUCUAUUAAGAGAACUAUUAAUUAUGUACAGUUGGACUCUGCUAACUUGAAAUUCCAAGGGAAACUAAAAAUUAUUCAAAUUAGCAAGGGUUUGAGUUAUCAAGAUUGCUGUUGAAUUUCAAUUAUCCUUUAAAUGGUUAAAAAGGAAUCACGUUUGUACCAUUCAUGCACAAUCAAUGGUCACUUUCAUACAAUAGGUUUGUUUUACUUAAGGCAUUUGAUAAGAAAGUUUAGUUGGGGAAGUGUAGCUGAAUGUAUUACAUUUUCAUAGAAUUAUUCUGUUUGUUUCAUUCGAAGUAAAAAUUCAAGUUAUCAGGGUAAAUUUGAACCAAAGGAAAGUAAUAUUAGUUUGACUUAACAAAGUUCGAGUGUAGCUGAUUGUAAAUAUCUUGCAAAAUGGGGUCAAAUCCAAGGGAAAUCAAAUCUUGGUCAGUUAUGGUGUGGUUCAAGUUUACUGGGCUUGAGUUAGCAGGGUUCUACUAUAAGUACUGGUAGCUAAUGUUAAAGAAAUAUUAAAAAAAAUUGUAGUUUGUAAUUUUAAUUUUAAGUUAUGUAAUAUAUUUUAAAUCAAGAAGUCCUUUUUUGAUGAUUUUUGACAGUUAUAGAGUAGAGAAGCAAUUCAGCUUAUAAAAGUUUUUUAACUGUAAAUAAAACAUAUUAAAUUUAUGCAUUUCUUGUGUGAAAAUUCAUCAUAUGCAUACACAUGAAAGCAUUUUUAGUAGUAGGUAUUUUAGUACGUAACUGCCUUUUUGUGCUUAAAGAGGUCUUACUGCAGCUAUUUUUGUCAUAGAUGUGGUUUUAAAACCUCUAGAAGUUAGCUUAAAUAUCAAACAAAGUGGUCGUACUAUGUGACAAUAAAAACUCACAUCAAACUUUA